CUCACGCCUCCUUCAGCCCAGCAUCUCCACAGUAGACAGGUGGUUCCUCACAAGGAUGAAAGUGGUGGUUCUCAGCAGUUGCCUCUUGGCCGUGGCUUUGGCUGCUCCGGUGUGGAAAACCAGAAGUUUGAAUAGUGGCAGCAACGAGCGAUACGCUCGUUACUUUCAACCUUUUCAACCACCUUAUUACCCCUUUCAACCAUACCUUAGAUUUCCUUAUCACAGAUACCCCAGCUUUCCUUUCUUUCCUGGAGUCAUCUAUCCUGACUAUAGACAGGUACCUGUAUUUCAUGGCUUUGAAAGACAAGCCAAUCCUGGGGCAUCAAAUGUGAAAGUGAACUAUGUGGAAGAAAGUGCCCCAGAGGAAUAUUCCAUGGUCAAUGGAGCUAGUUUCAGCUCUGAAGUUUCCCUCGAGGACUCCAGCAGUGUUGAGGAUGAUUACAGGAUAACCUUUGUGAAUGUGCCGAGUGAGCUACCAGAUGACAGGUAUCCUGCCGUGCCAGAUUACAUGUACCCUGGGGUGCCAGAUUACGAGGGUCCUGUAACACCCGAUGAAGAAUUCCCCAGAGUGCCAGAUUACGAGGAGCCUUUCAUACCAGGAAUUGAUACAAGUGUGAAUGUUGACUUUCACCAGCAAAGCCCCAAGGACACAGCAAGAGAGGGAUCUAAUGUAGAGGAGGUCACCGGUGUUUUACCAUCGUCAGACUCCUUGCAGAGUUUUGAUUCACGUGGAUUAACCCAGGAAGACAAUGAGAUGGUUGUAGACAGUAAUGAGGAUGCUGGUCAUCAUGAAGUAGACAGUGAACCCACAGAAAAGGACACUGAUCAAGGGGAAAUCUGGAAUAGCCAGGAAUCUGUGGGUCAGCAAAGGUCUAAUGAAGACUCAGUUAAGGAACCACAAUCCCAUGAGAAUGUUGAUGCCAGUCUAAGGGAUAUGGAUUUUACCACCCAUGAUAAUGAUGAAGAUGGUGACAGUUAUGAAGAUGAUGAUAAUUAUGAUGGCGAUUAUGGUUUUGUUGACAAUCACCAAAAUCACAAUGAUGGAACUGAAUCUGAAUUCAACGAACCAGAUUCCAAUCAGAAAAUUUCACUGGAUUCAGAUGAGACUGACCUCAAUGCUGGUGGAAUUGAGUCCAAUGAGAACAACAGUGAUGACAAGGAUUCGAGUGAGGAUGUCACCAGCAAGAGCACUGUUGAAGAUGACAGUGUACUCGAUGAAAACAGCGAAACCAACUUUUCCUUCUAAUGUGCUAAUGGAUGUGCAAAAGAUGUUGGAUUAAAGUGAUUCUUUAUACUCUUUACAGUCUUAGAACAGUAAAAUGGAACUGAUGGACAGAAUGUGUUAAUUUCAUCAUUGGAGAUGUUAAACAUGCAAAUUAUGGACUUUUUGCUUAACUAAACACUUCAUUUGGGGGCAAGGUUUUCUGACAUUAUAUAGAAUAUAUAUUUCACACUAUUGUACAAACCAUCAGGGAUCUGAUGAUACACCUAGAAGAAUCUAAACAACUGUUUACUAUAAAGCAAUCUCUUUUCAAACUAUUUGUUUUUGGUACAUGGGCAUUGAUGGCAAGAUCCAUAUUAUCUCCCCAUCCACAGAAAAACAUUGAAAGGUAAUGGAGAACCACUGGAGACACAUGUAGUGAAGGUGUUGCCUUUGGGAAGGUUGACUCCGGAUUUAGACCUAGUUAUUACAAAGGCAAAUAUGUAUGUCUGAACUCGGAUGGUGUUCGAUUUGGAGUGUUACAGUGCUCUCAUGACCCAGUUAUUCCUAUCCUCCUUUGAUCUUUAGCAGUUGAGGUUGCAGGUUUGGAAGAUGCUGCCAAGGACUCUUGGCAAGUUGCUACAUUUAUAUUCAUCGUUCGUUUGGCACGUCCCUUCCGGGAAGUUCCUGUACUGAUUCAUUAGAGAUCAACGGAUCUAAAUAUUUUUAUUCGACACUGCGAUGCUGCAUUUAUCUGUACAUGAUUUUAUUUUUAUUUAUAUGUAUAUGUGAGAGAGAAAGGGUUUUAAGCAGUCAUUCCUAUAUUGAAUUUGGUUGUGCAAAUUGGUUGUGUCGGCUGUUUUUAAAUCUAUUUGAAAAACUGCUCCAUUCCUAUAAAUAAAGAACCUUGAAAAUAAUCUUUCUGAGGAGUGAUUCAAUUCAGUAUCUGGAAUUUUGUGAAGAUUCCCUGUGAGUACCAGGACCAUGCAUUUCUGAGGUUCUGUGUUUGUACAUACCAUGCCUACUCAGAAGAUGAAUACAUCAACUCUCCAGCUUUCUGGAUCUACGAUUCUCAACCUAGUGCAGUUCCAGUGAAAACUGUGAGGUCUGAAUGAGUGUGGAGUGCGAAUUAUAGAGUUGUAUCCAGUCAAACCCUACUGGGAGUGCAAAGGGGAAAAAGACACACCACCCCCAGCUUUCACAGUCAAAACCACUGUCAGUUACCCCUCUCCACUGAGAAUGAAUGAACAGAAUCUUCACCCUUUGACAAAUUCUCAUGAGAUUGACAGAAGUAUAAUGGGUUACGGGUAAAACACUACAAAUGGGAUCUGCUUAGGUGGGACACCUUGCUUGGCAUGGUCCAGUUGAACCACCAGGGCCUGUUUUCAUGCUGUAUGACUCUAUGGGAGGAGCGUGACAGGUGAAGGCCACCAUGACUGGAACAUAAAAGGGGUUGAUAUUGCAGGGUGAACAACUGUCAUUUUGAAGAAGAGGGUCAAAGUAGGUGAAGGAAUUCUGAUCAGUAAUUAAUACAGGGAAAGCAGGGAUGGUGAUUAUCCCAUACUUGAAAGUCAACAUUGAGUCAGGGAAGAUGACAAUGUGUCUGGUCAGGGGGUUGAGGUGCUAUAUCUGGAGCUUGGGCUGAGAAAUGCAGAAGGGUAGGAUUGGGAAAAUUAGGAUGAGAAUGGAAUGAGAACCAGGUUACUGAGAGCUGCAGAAUUAUAUUAGCUGAUGAUGUUUUGGACAGAUUCCAAAAUCACUUUAUCUUGCUCCAGAUGCGUGUUGCCUGAUAACUAUAUAACCUGAGUAUGACAAUCACAGACUAAAACUCUUCUGCCCAGUAACAAGGAUUGAUUUGCACCCAGGGCCAUCAGUUAGUCCUUAAUGAAGAAUGUUGCAUCCUUCCACCUCACCUUUCCCAUCCUCAGCUUGGCCCAGUACUUCAUCAGGAGUUGUCCAAGUGGGUGAAGACACAAAGCUUUCAUUGACAGGAAAGAUUUUGCAGGAUGAUUUCAGAAGCAGGAGCUGGAUAUUUGCAGAAGAACCAGCUGAGUGACAGGGAAGAAGCUGAAAGAGCAGUCAGUGGUCUGGUCCCAUCAGCUACUCCUCAUCUGUCUGAGCAUUUCAAUUCAUGCUUUAAUCUACAAUCUACAUAGAGAUUGGGUGAACCAAAUUGGUAAGGGUGCUGAGGAAGAGGAUUUCUUUGAAUGUAUGCGGGAUGGUUUUCUGAACCAACAUGUCGAGGAACCAACUAGAGAGCAGGCCAUUCUAGAUUGGGUAUUGAGCAAUGAGGAAGGGUUAGUUAGCAAUCUUGUCAUGCGAGGCCCCUUGGGUAAGAGUGACCAUAAUAUGGUGGAAUUCUUCAUUAAGAUGGAGAGUGACAUAGUUAAUUCAGAAACAAAGGUUCUGGACUUAAAGAAGGGUAACUUUGAAGGUAUGAGACGUGAAUUAGCUAAGAUAGACUGGCAAAUGAUACUUAAAGGGUUGACAGUGGAUAUGCAAUGGCAAGCAUUUUAAGUUCGCAUGGAUGAACUACAACAAUUGUUCAUCCGA